UUUUCAAUUUCUAUAUUCAGUUCUAAGCAGAAUGAAUAAUACCUCAUGUCAAAUCAGGGUAUGAAUUCAAAAUGGAAUCAAGCAAAAAUACAAUACAAUUUAUUUGUAUAAUUUUCUUUGCAAGAGCCGCAUUUCUUGACGCUGAAAUAAACAAUGUUCGACUGGUUGGGGGAAAUUCCUCGGCAGAGGGACGAGUAGAGGUGUUUUAUAAUGGAGAAUGGGGGACAGUGUGUGAUGAUAAUUUCGAUGACAAAGAUGCAGCUGUCGUCUGCUCAAUGCUGGGUUACAGCAGCAUGAAUGCUAAAAGUAAACAGCAAGCAUUCUUUGGACAAGGAAAUGGUAGCAUAUGGAUGGAUCAGCUAGAAUGUACAGAUUAUGACACAAAUAUAUUAACAUGCUCACGGAAUGCUAUGGGUAUACACAACUGCGUGCACGGGGAAGAUGCAGGGGUUGUGUGUAACAUGUUUGCGGCGCCUAAUAUAAGACUCGUUGGUGGAACUGAUUCGUUGGAAGGAAGAUUGGAAAUUUUAUAUAACAAUGAGUGGGGUACUGUGUGCGAUGACUCAUGGGAUAGCAAGGAUGCGUCUGUAGUAUGUUUUAUGCUGGGAUAUUCAAGAGAAAAUGCCACAUCAACAGACACGGCUCGAUUUGGCCAGGGACAAGGCCCAAUCUGGAUGGACGAUGUCUCAUGUCAAGGGACAGAGAAUGAUAUAUUUGAUUGUAACAAAAUUUUGGUGAACGACAACUGUGACCAUUCUGAGGAUGCAGGAGUUAUUUGCUCAAAAACACCUACAAACAAAGUUCGACUGGUAGGAGGAAACUCCUCAGCGCAGGGUCGAGUGGAGGUGUUCAUUAAAGGGAAAUGGGGUACAGUUUGUGAUGAUAGCUUCAAUGACAAAGAUGCAGCUGUUGUCUGCUCAAUGCUGGGUAUACCAAGCAUGAAUGCUACGGCAAAGGGGCAAGCGUUUUUCGGACAAGGAAAUGGUAGGAUAUGGAUGGACAAUCUUCGCUGCACAGAUAAUGACACCGAUUUAUUUACAUGCCCCCAGAAUGCUUUGGGUUCACACAACUGUAGGCACAACGAAGAUGCGGGGGUUUUGUGUCACAGUUAUUUUACGGAUUGUGGAAAUGCAGACAUUCUGAUUAUUAUGGAUGAAAGCGGAAGUGUUGGGUCAGAUCACUUUAACACAAUGAAAACGUUUAUAGGAGAUGUGGUUCGAGGUUUGAAUUCUGUAUUCUUUAGAUUUAGUGUCAUAACAUACAGUACUUCCGCAAGAAAAAUAUUUGGAUUUCUCGACUUUAAUAAUAUAAAUGCCAUUAUGACAAGCAUUGAGCACAUUCAGUAUGCAGUUGGAAGAUCUACAAAAACUGACAGAGCACUUGAAUAUGCAAGGGUGUCUAUUUUUAACACCAAAAGGGCAGAUGCUGCUCAUAUAGUAAUUUUGUUUACGGAUGGAAAGUCCGGUAACUCUGAAAAGACAAAAGAAGAAGCAGCUUUACUGCGCAAUGAAGGAGUGCGCAUAUUUUCGAUUGGAGUUGGAAAAGGACCUAAAAUAGAAGAGCUUCAGUCUAUCGCAUCGUCACCCAGCGAUGAACACGUCUUCCAAGUAUCAUCGUUCAGCGCUCUUUCACAAAUUCUCAAUGCAGUGCAAACCAGAACAUGUCAAGCGUCUGUGGAUGGUGGAUUCAGUGAAUGGACAAUGUGGGCACCGUGUAGUAGGACGUGCGGACAUGGUCUCAAGUCAAGACGCCGGACAUGUACAAAUCCAGUACCUAGCAGAAAUGGCAGAAACUGCACUGGAACCUACUCAGAAAAUACAGUAUGCAGUAUAGCAGGCUGUCCAGUGGACGGUAAUUGGGGACAUUGGAGUUCUUGGUUAGAUUGCAGUGUAACAUGCGGUACCGGCAAUCAAAUACGAAGAAGAUUCUGUUCAAAUCCCAGGCCUAAAUAUGGAGGUCGACAGUGUCAGGGAUCAAGCACAGAUACACUGACUUGUAAUCUUGGUUCUUGUCCUAUUCAUGGGGGUUUCAGUGAGUGGAAUAUGUGGUCUGUUUGCUCCGUUUCGUGUGGGGGUGGAUUCAAAACAAGAGAAAGGGCAUGCACUAAUCCAUCUCCUCGACACGGGGGAUCCAAUUGCUCAGAUUAUUUCACAGAUUUAGAUAUCUGCAACACUUCUCCUUGUCCUGUAAAUGGUGGUUUUGGAAUUUGGGGUUCAUGGUCGGUGUGUUCCAAAAGCUGUGAAGGGGGUUAUAAAGUAAGGCGGAGGCUUUGUAAUUCACCAACACCUGAGUAUGGUGGUAAAAACUGUAUAGGAAAUGCCUCAAAAAACCUAACGUGCAACGUAUUGCCUUGUCCAAUUAAUGGAGGAUUCACUGAAUGGAGCAACUGGACUGAUUGCUCCAAAAGUUGCGGAGGGGGUUUGAAUAUACGUAAUCGAUCAUGUACCAAUCCGUCACCUAAAUAUGGAGGAAAGCAUUGCGAAGGUAGUUUGUCUGAGUUUCUAAAUUGUAAUGAACAUCAGUGUCCUAUUGAUGGUGGUUUUUCAUUAUGGGGUGCAUGGUCCUCGUGCACUGUCUCUUGUGGUAGUGGAACCUCAAUACGAUCACGAUCCUGUACAAACCCUUCUCCUUUAUUUGGAGGUAAAAACUGCACUGGUAAUACCGAGCAAAUUAUAGACUGUAAUAUACAACUUUGUCCGAUUGAUGGAAAAUAUGGCGAUUGGACCACAUGGUCACAGUGUUCUAAUUCAUGUGGUGGGGGCUCCAAACUAAGAUUGCGAAGAUGUGACAAUCCUCUUCCUCAGAAUGGAGGUAAACAAUGUAACGGGAUCAAUGAAGAUCAUUUACAAUGCAACACUCAACCGUGUCCAGUUGAUGGACACUUCAGCGAGUGGGGGACAUGGACUCUUUGUUCUCAUAGCUGUGGAGGAGGCAUAAAAACAAGGUUUAGGCUGUGCAAUGAUCCUUUUCCGGCGUUUGGUGGACGGAAUUGCUCGGGUUCGUUUCAACAAUUUUCUCAGUGUAACCCAUUACCAUGUCCAAUAGAUGGCGGUUUAAGCAUAUGGAAUGAAUGGUCACUUUGUUCGUCAACUUGUGGUGGAGGUAUUCAAAUAAGAAAUAGGUCAUGCACAAAUCCUGUCCCACAAAACGGGGGGAAAGAAUGCGAAGGGAAAACUACGGAUUCCCUUGAAUGCAAUGCUCAUGAGUGUCCAAUAGAUGGAAAUUAUUCUGAUUGGGGGGCUUGGACAAUGUGUUCGGUUACAUGUGGAGGAGGAGCUAGAAUGCGAAGUCGCACCUGUACAAAUCCAUCUCCACAAUUUGGAGGAAAGGAAUGCUCCGGUGAAUCAGGGCAAUCUGAAAAUUGCAAUAACAUCAGUUGUCCAGUAGAUGGGGGUUAUAGCGAAUGGAGUUUUUGGGCAGAAUGUACCGUCACGUGUGGGGGAGGAACUUCAAUGCGUAGAAGAACUUGUACAAAUCCAUCGCCACAACAUGGAGGUAAACAAUGCAAGGGAGAAGCUAAUGAAACAGUGGAAUGCAAUACAAACAGUUGUUCAAUUUGUAACAAUCCCGCAAUGGAAUUUGAAUGUCACAAUAAGGUGCACUGUAUAGACAAAGAUUAUGUUUGUGAUGGUUUACCAGAUUGUGCUGACAAUAGUGAUGAAAUUCCUGCUGUGUGUGGCGGUCAAGCCGACAGGACUUGUCCAGAGGGCCUUUAUAGGUGCCCAGACGGUUCGUGUAAAACCGGGCCGGAAUGUUAAUGCUGUGGAACAUUUUGUUUGAGGAUAUUAAAGAACGAUUUUUGAGUACAUUUAUGUAACAUGCUUUCUCCUGCUACUCUGUCUUCAAUGUACAGUAAUUUUAUGCAUGAAUAUUUCUGAUUUGUAGAAAGAAAUUUAUAAGUGGAAUAGCUGUGUUUAAGAAAAAAAAAUUAUCAAAGAAAGAAUUAUUUGUUACAUCGUGAACCUACUGCUGCAUAUAUUAUUUAUAUCAAUUUUCAAUAUAAUUUCUUUAACUGUCGAAAAUAAGAAUUUCAGACAAAAGAAACACAAUCUUGCGGGGGGGGGGGAUCCCAAUUAAACUUCCCCUUUUUAUGCAUACAUCAUUCAUCCAUACAGUAUAGCAAUCGUAACUUCCCUAUUGACAGUAUAUAGACGUAGAAUACAAUAUUAUUCGUUCAUUAAUGUUUAAGGUUUACAACCAUUUAUCAAGGAAAGAAAAACAAUAUUUAAAUACCGGAAAGAAAAAUAACAUUUAGCUUCCAUAGCUUGCUUUUCCCCAAGCUAUGCACAUACAGCUGCCAUGUGAGACUCCGAUUGGGGGAUGGGUCAAGGGAUCCAGACCCCCUCCCCCCUGCAAAUAUCCUAUUUCUUCUAUUAACAUCAUAAAAUUACCAAAAACAUGUCUCAGACCCCCCCCCCCCCCGGCAAACUCAAAUAACGCCCCUUUUUUUCAAAAAUAUGCUUGUGCUUACAUGUUAUUUGUUACUAUUAUAUAAUAUUUAUGUUAUUUGUCAAAUCUGUCAUUUGACUUGCUUUAAAUAAACUGUCUAUCCAAAUA